AUGUCAAAAUUCAACAGUUACAAUAAUUUCAUCAUCAUAGACGCCACCAACAACAAAUUAUCCCCUACUUCUCUGUACGAGAAGCAAUUUGAUCAAGAAACAUUUCUUCGCGAAAUCAAAGUCCCAUUCCCUCCAACUCUUACUCCAAAAGAAAUUAUUGUGGUCAAAGAUGGAAAAAUUCCAUCAAAACCGCCAAACAGCUUUAUAAUUUAUCGCCGUGCAUUCCAGAAACAAUGUCGCGAAUCUGGUUAUUUGCUAAAAUUAAACAUUGUUUCUGCAAUGGCAGCUGAAUCAUGGAAAGACGAACCAUUGGAAGUAAAAAAUGCUUAUAAAGAUUUGGCUUUACAAGUGAAUUUUGUGUUAGUUGAAAUGCGCGCUAGAGAAUUGCAAACUAAAAGUCACGUGCGAGAAUUAAAAGAUUUAUUGAAACAAAAUAUCGAUGAUGAUUCAUUUGACGAGAUUUCCGAUUUGAAAACUCAAAUUUUCUCAGAUAAUGAGAAAGAUUCUUCAUGUAAUGAAGAAAUCAAUUCCGAUGUGUCAUUAGAAUCGAUCACAAACGAUGUGUACGAUAAUCAAGAAAACAUGUACAAUGCUCAAGAAAAUUCGCCAAUCAAUUACAUUGUUCCAUUAUCGUUAAGCCCCGAGUUCUAUCUUAAUGAAGAAGGAAUGUUAUUUGAUGACUAUAUCGUGUUUAAUUAUUUCUCAUAUCAAGGAAAUAUAGACCAACUUAACGAAACAUUCAUCUCACAUACCGAUGAUGUGGAAGCAAUACAAUCUCAAAGACAUUAUGUUCCAUCAAUAUUUUAA